AUGCCUGUGAAGCCAAUUACUGGAAUGCUCCGAAGAGGAUUGGUCUUGGACCUCUCCGUUGCUUUCGGACUUGGAACUGCUUGCGGCUAUUUCUGGUGGUACGGCUUCCAUGUUCCGUCUAUCCGCCGCCGCGAUUUGUUCUAUGCCAAGCUUGAAGAUGAGAGGGCGAAUGCUUUUGGUCAGAAGUCAUAA